CAAAAGCAGGGAAUGGGGACUAUAUAUUAGUCUAUUAUUUUGUGCAGAAAUUAUCGAAGCUUCAAUGACCCCUAAUUCAUCUUCAUACUCGUUAGAGAUGUUAUUGGCUUGGAUAGCUUAG